AUGCAGCGAUUAUUGCUUGCCGUCGUGGCACUGGCAGCAGCAGCAUUCGCCGCCGCCACGGCAGGACAGGAAAUUCCUGGCACGUACCUUGUUGAGCUAAGUCCACAAGCCAAUGUGACCGCCUUUGCAGGAAGAGUGAAGACGGAGGUCAAUGCUCGAAUUCGCCGUCAAAUCAACUACAUGCCUCCCAAGGCAAACGGCGUGCCUUUCAAGGCUGUCUCCAUCGAGCUCAAGAAUGCAAGCAAGAUCAACGAGGUGGCGUCCACGGCUGACGUCCUCAAAGUACACCCAGUCAAGAUGCUUGCCCUGGACGACGUGUCUUCCCCGGACGAGCGGGCCGAGAGCAACAAGAAACGUUCCGUUGGCAAAACCAGCGAGAGUCUGAAAAUUCGACGUGCGUUGCCGGAAACAAAUGCGACGGCAGAUACUCACCCGUACAUACCUCACUCCAUGAUGCAGGUUGACAAGCUGCACAGCAAAGGAAUCACAGGAAAGGGCAUCAAGAUUGCCAUGAUUGGCACGGGUGUCGACUAUGAACACCCGGCGCUCGGUGGUUGUUUCGGCCCCGGAUGCCUCUUUUCCUUUGGAGCCGACUUGGUCAACGGCGAACCGACGCCCAAGGACUGCCUCGGACACGGAACCAAGGUUGCUGGCAUUAUUGCCGCGCAGCGCAACGACUUGGGCGUCGUAAGCGCGGCUCCUGGGGCUCAGAUGGGCGUGUUCCGUAUAACCUGCGAUGGCUUCUUUGCCAGCGACGUCAUGGUCGAUGCAAUCUUUCGCGCCCUCGCCGAAGGCGUGGACAUCAUCACGUCGUCGGUCGUGCUUCCGGGCGGGUGGCCGGACAGUCUCCUGUCGUCGACGGCAUCGCGGGUCGUGGACAGCGGCGUCGUCUUUGUCCAGGCCGCAGGGAAGGGCGGGCUCGGCCUCUUCUCGCUUUCUGACCCGGCCGCUGGCAACGGCGUUAUCAGUGUCACGUCGAUGCAAAGCCGUGUGGUUCUCAUGAGGGCGGGUGUUGCCACGUAUGCCGCGGACAACGGAUCCCAAGUCAGCUUCCCUUUUCAUCCGUCCUUCCCGUCGGAGAACUUCACCGGCACCCCCAUGGAAGUCUACGCCCCGAACUUGCGCGACAUUCACGCCUGUGCGCCGAUCCCGGACAGCACGCCGGAUCUGAGUGAAAAGCUGGUGCUGCUCCAGAUACGGACUGACAAAGGGCACUGUUUCAUCCGGGAUAGGAUCGAGUCGGUCCGUGAAAAGGGGGCCACGCGGAUUCUUGUCUACGCGGCGCCAGAAGACAAGAAUCCCGGUCUCAUGUAUCUCCCGAACUUGCCCGAGGAGGUCGUCGCUGUCGGGGCACUGGGGUUUGAUGUCGCGACGUCAAUUCUCGAGGCUCUCCAGGCUGGGCGCAAGGUCUCCGUCACGGCCUUCCCCUUUUUCAAGCCUCAUGGCACACAGUCGCCAAGGACCUAUGUCGAGGUUCCCUAUGAGGAAAAAGCAGGAGCUAUUUCCGUCUGCACUUCCUGGGGCCCGACCUGGAAUCUGGGUCUCAAGCCUUCCCUGGCCGCCAUCGGCCGACCCGUCCUCUCGACCGCUGCUAGGGAUGUAGAUCCUUCUGGCUAUACGAUAGCACGAGGAUCUGGCUAUGCGACGCCACUCAUCGCUGGUAUCGUUGCCCUGAUUCUCGAGGCCCGCGGCUCCCUGGACCCGGCCACCGUAGAGAGCCUUCUCGUUUCACACUCUGAUCCGCAGCUUUACCACAAUGGAACCAACUUUCUCCCCUACUUGGCCCCAGUUGCCCAGCAGGGCGGUGGUCUGGCGCGUGCCUACGACUCUGCCUUUUCUACAACGCUUCUUGAGCCGGCGGGUCUCAACUUCAACGAUACUGAACACAUGCCCGCCUCGCUCAACUUGACACUCAGGAAUGUGGGCGAUGUGGAUGUGACCUACCGGCUCUCCCACGUUCCCGCAAUCACGGUGUACGCGUUUGCCCAAAAUGGCCUCUUUCCUUUGUAUCCCUCUACCCUUGACCACGUUGAGAUUUCAGCCGCCAUCACCAUUAGCGAAACAAGUCUCACUCUGACCCCGGGGGAAAACGCCACCGUCAGCGUGUCAGCGUCAGUCCAUGAUGGUCUUGACGCUGCGCGUCUCCCAAUAUGGUCUGGAUGGAUCACGAUAAACGGGACCGAUGGAAGCUCCCUCUCCGUCCCUUACCAGGGCGUUGCGGGCUCCAUCCGUCAUCACCAGGUCCUGCCGCCCGAUGGAAUUUCUCUCUUCUACGGGAACGCCUCCGUCACUACCGGGGGGGCCGCCGUCAAGCUGCCAGCACCGGGCUCUGCCGAGACAUCCGACCUUAUCUUGAGUAUCAACUCCACGCUGGGGAUUCCUCUUGUGCGUGCUGAAGUUGUGCCCUUGACAUCCCCCAGUAACGGCACAAACAACGCGACGACCACUGCUGUCGAGUCGGCUGGUCAGCUUCAAUGGGUUCCCUUGCGAUGGAUCCCGGAGAACUUGGCAGACGGCGACGCUGACCUGCUCCAGUUCGUGCGGUUCAGUUGGAACGGUCAGCUCGAGUCAGGCGAGUUUGUUCCCGAGGGAUCCUACAAACUCGUCGUGCGAGCUCUGAGGAUCUUUGGCGACCCCAAUAAUCAUGACGAUUGGGAUGUAAGUGAGUCCCCGCGACUCGACAUCACAUAUCAUAAAAAGAACAACACCCAUGAAAAGUCAGUCGACUGA